GCAGCAGAAUGUUGGCAUUCCUUUGAUACGAGAUCAGGAAGGGUUCUUUAGCUACAUCCACUAUGUCAGUUUCGAUGAAGGAUUUGGACCCGGCCUUCCGCGGAGCUGGCCAAAAGGAUGGUCUGGAGAUAUGGCGUAUAGAGAAUUUUAAGCCAGUUCCUGUGCCGACACCUUCAUAUGGAAAAUUUUACAUUGGUGAUUCAUAUAUCAUCUUGAAGACAACAGCGUUAAAAAAUGGUUCCUUUCGCCAUGACAUCCAUUAUUGGCUUGGUAAAGAUACUAGUCAGGAUGAGGCUGGAACUGCUGCAAUUUUAACUGUGGAGCUUGAUGCUGCCCUUGGAGGGCGUGCUGUCCAGUACCGGGAAUUUCAAGGCAAUGAAACUGAAAAGUUUCUCUCAUUAUUUAGACCUUGUAUCAUGCCACAACCAGGAGGGGUAGCUUCUGGGUUCAACCACGUAGAAGUUAAUGAGCAGGAGCAUGUUACUCGCUUAUAUGUGUGCAGAGGAAAGCAUGUUGUUCAUGUUAAAGAGGUUCCUUUUGCUCGUUCAUCCCUUAAUCACGACGACAUAUUUAUUUUGGAUACCGAGUCCAAAAUUUACCAAUUCAAUGGAUCCAACUCAUGCAUUCAAGAGAGAGCAAAAGCCCUUGAAAUUGUGCAGUAUAUCAAAGAUACAUUCCAUGAGGGCAAGUGUGAAGUUGCAGCUGUUGAGGAUGGAAAGUUGAUGGCUGAUGCCGAAGCUGGUGAAUUUUGGGGUUUGUUUGGUGGAUUUGCGCCGCUUCCAAGGAAGACAUCUUCAGAGGAUAAUGCGGAAGACAGAGAAAUCGUUAUCAAAUUGCUAUGUUUUAACCAAGGAAAGAUGGAGAACACUAGUUUUGAAUCCCUGGCUCAUGAAUUACUUCAGUCAAACAAAUGCUAUUUGCUAGACUGUGGUGCUGACAUGUAUGUUUGGAUGGGCAGAAGUACUUCUUUGCAAGAGAGAAAGGCUGCAAGUGAAGCCGCCGAGAAACUUCUCAUUGAUGGUAGCCAAACAAAAUCACAUGUUAUCAAAGUGAUUGAAGGAUUUGAAACAGUCAUGUUCAAGUCAAAAUUUAGUGAGUGGCCAGCAACACCUGAACUGAAACUGUCAUCUGAGGAUGGAAGAGGCAAAGUUGCAGCUCUCCUCAAAAGUCAAGGAUUAGAUGUUAAGGGCUUGAUGAAAGCUGCACCUGUAAAAGAAGAACCCCAGCCCUAUAUUGAUUGCACUGGUCAUUUACAGGUCUGGCGUGUCAAUGGAAAUGACAAGACUCUUCUGUCACACCCUGAUCAAUCAAAAUUUUACAAUGGAGAUUGCUACAUUUUUCAAUACACAUAUACUGGAGAUGACAAGGAGGAAUGUCUUAUUGGAACUUGGUUUGGGAAGAAGAGUGUUGAGGAGGAGAGGGUGUCAGCAAUGUCACUGGCUAGCAAGAUGGUUCAGGCUGCAAAGUUCCAGGCUGUCCAGGCUCGCCUUUAUGAAGGGAAAGAACCACUUCAGUUCUUUGUCAUAUUUCAGAGUUUUCAAGUAUUUAAGGGUGGUCUUAGCUCUGGAUACAAGAAUUUUGUUGCUCAAAAUGGUAUUGACGAUGAUACUUACUCUGAAGCUGGGCUUGCUCUAUUCCGUAUUCAAGGCUCAGGAUCAGAAAACAUGCAAGCACUUCAAGUAGAUGCAGUGGCUUCAUCGUUAAAUUCGUCUUAUUGUUACAUUCUACACAAUGGAAACACUGUGUUCACAUGGACUGGUAACCUUACGACCUCACUGGAUCAUGAUUUGGUUGAGAGGCAGCUUGAUGUAAUUAAGCCAAAUUUACCUUCCAGGUCACAAAAAGAGGGGAGAGAAACAGACCAAUUCUGGGAACUAUUGGGUGGUAAAUCCAAGUAUUCAAACCAAAAAGUAGGAAGAGAGCGUGAAAGUGACCCUCAUCUUUUCUCAUGCAUCCUAUCCAAAGGCAACAUAAAGGUCAAAGAAAUACAUCACUUUACUCAGGAUGAUCUGAUGACAGAGGAUAUUUUCGUGCUAGAUUGCCGCUCGGAUGUAUUUGUUUGGGUUGGCCAGGAGGUGGAUGCCAAAGUGAAAUCACAAGCUAUGGAUAUUGGGGAGAAAUUUCUUGUGCUUGAUUUCCUUAUGGAAAAUCUCUCCCGAGAAACACCAAUAUUCAGAGUUUCAGAAGGUUGUGAACCACAGUUUUUUACCAGGUUCUUCAACUGGGACUCAACAAAAUCACUGAUGCAUGGCAGUUCAUACCAGAGGAAGCUUGCCAUUGUAAAGGGUGGAGCAACUCCAUCAUCGGAUAAACCAAAACGACGAACACUGGCAUUUUCAGGAAGAAGUACGGGACAAGAUAAAUCUCAGCGUCCGAGAAGCAUGUCUACCAGUCCAGAACGUCCUCGUGUUCGAGGAAAAUCUCCAGCCUUCACUGCAUUAACUUCUGCCUUUGAGAACCCAAGUACCAGGAACCUUUCCACUCCUCCGCCUGCUAUCAGAAAGCUUUUCCCAAAAUCUGGAGCUCCUGAUCAGUCAAAGCGGUCCCCCAAACUAUCAGCUAUCAGUGCUCUCACCAGUUCUUUUGAAGGUCCCAUGAAAAGUAUAAUACCAAAGUCGGUAAAAGCGAGCCCUGAGCAAGAGAAGGCAAUACAGGAGGAAGGUGCCACGAGCGAUGGUGAUGUAAAAGAAAAUGAGCAAGAAGGUGAUGAAGGGCGCACGAUCUACCCAUAUGAACGUCUGAUAACCACAGCUGAAGAUCCUACCCCCGACAUCGAUGUGACCAAGCGAGAGGCCUACUUAUCGUCAGCCGAGUUCAGAGAGAAGUUCGGCAUGGCAAGGGUGGCAUUCAACAAGCUUCCCAAGUGGAAGCAGAGCAAAUUGAAGUCUGAUCUCAAGCUCUUUUAGCUUGCGCUUUGUCGCUGUAGUCGUCUUGGCUCCUGAAGACAGCAACCAUUUCAGGGGACAUCAAUUUUCGUGCCUGGAGUUCUUCCUAGUCUGAGCCCAUUCUUUUGCUAGCUCCACUUGUUCGUUCAGUAAAUAGGUUCCGGGAUCUGUUUCCUUUUUCUCUAGUUGAUUCAGAGCUCAUACAGGUUUUGUUGUGGGGCUCUCAUUCGAUCAUGUAUCGCUUCUAUUUUUGGUUUGGACGAGCGUAUCUGUACCGGGCAGCAAAGAUGCACACGAUUGAGAUAGUUGGUAGUAGUCUGGCGCAAUGGCGCCGAGAAUGUACAGCAGCAGAUUGACGAACCUGCAGAGUGUCCUCACAUGUUCUAUUUCUUACGUCAAUAAAGCUAUACAAUUUC